ACUGUCUUAGAGGAUGGUAUGGUGCUAACUGUACGAACCGCUGCUCUAACCUGUGUACGGACAGAUUAUGUGACCACAACAGAGGACGAUGUUUUUCCUGUGUUAGCAAUCGAAGUGGACCCUUUUGUAAAGAGUGCCCGCAAGGACAGUUUGGACCCCUCUGUGACAGGAGAUGCUCGGCGUACUGUGCAAACAGACGGUGUGACAACCGAACUGAACGCUGCUUUUCGUGUGUGCAGGGGCACACAGGCGAUUAUUGUACCCAAG